CAAAAAGAAGUAGAGAGAGAGAGAGAGAGAGAAUGGCAACUAUAUUUCAAUCACACCUCUUCUUCACCAUUCUUCUCCUCUUGGCUUCCCUUCUCGAUUAUUCAAAGGUUUACGGGGUGGAAAGUGAGAGCUACCAUGUCAUUCAAGUCACUUCUCUAUUGCCCAAAAGAAGCUGCUCUACACCCUCAGGUUUUAAUCAGACGGGACUGAAAAUAGUCCAUCGGCGCGGACCAUGCUCACCUUUUGGGCAGGAGAAAGCGAGCACGCGCGAAAUACUUAUGCAGGACCAGUCUCGAGUCGACUCGCUCAUGUCUCGAAUAUCAAGUGGUUCCCAAAGAGUAAAAACUCAGGACACGGAAGUCCCCGCUCAACUCGGCAGCUCACUAGGCACUCAGAACUACAUCGUGACCGUCGGAUUCGGCACACCAGAAAAGAAACUUUCCAUUGCGUUCGACACUGGCAGCGAUUUCACUUGGAUUCAAUGCAGCCCCUGUCCUCCAAUCAAAUGCUACUCCCAGCAAGAACCCCUCUUCGAUCCAUCCGAGUCAACUUCCUACCGCAACGUCUCAUGCGACUCGCCUCAGUGCGCUCAACUCGAUUCUGCAACUGGGAACCCGCAUAGCUGCUCCUCGACCUGCCAGUACACGGUCGAGUACGGUGAUAGUUCGAGCUCCUCCGGUUCUUUUGCAUCAGAGACUCUGACCCUUACACCCUCCGACGUAAUCCUCAAUUUCCCAUUUGGGUGUGGCCAUGAAAACCAAGGACUCUUCGGCAGAACCGCUGGAUUGCUCGGACUCGGUCGUGAUCCGUUGUCUUUGGUAUCCCAAACGGCUCUAAAAUACAAUCGAGUUUUCUCUUACUGUCUCCCAUCCCCGUCGAGUUCGGAUGGCUAUCUCAAGUUCGGGUCUGACGCCAUCACCUCCUCCAACCUCAAAUUCACGCAGAUGGGAACAAACCCAAAAGCACCCUCCUUCUAUUUCCUCACCAUGAUCGGAAUACGCGUUGCAGGAGAAGAUUUGCCGAUCCAGGCAUCAACGUUCGCAUCUCCCGGCACUAUUAUCGAUUCCGGAACCGUCAUCACCCGGCUGCAACCAGCGGCCUACAUGGAACUCAGGUCGACUUUCCGGAAGUCGAUGUCGAAUUACACGAUGACUUCAGAAUACGAGAUAUUCGACACAUGCUACGAUUUCAGUGGGCUUGAAACCGUGAAUGUGCCGAAGAUAGUGUUGCGUUUCCAAGGGGAUGUUGAGGUGGAGGUGGACGUGUUGGGUAUCUUUUACCCGGUGAACAAUUCCCAGAUUUGCCUGGCGUUUGUUGGAAAUAGGUAUACAGAUAGUUUGGGGAUAAUCGGAAACAGGCAGCAGCGGAAAAUCAAUGUGGUCUACGACGUGGGUGGUGAGAGGGUUGGGUUUGGCGCUGGAGGUUGCAGCUGAUUAGGAAAUAAGGAAAAAAGGCUUGCGAUUCUCAUAUAUUGGUGUAAUUUAGGAAAGUA